UCCGGCGCGGGGCGGCGGGCGGGAGGGACUCUGGGUCCGGCGGAGCGCUGGGCACCGCGGCCGUGCCCGGGACGCGGCGGGAGGCGCUUCCCGGAGCCUCUAGGCCGCUUUCCUUGCGCGGGAGCAGGCGGUGGGGCGGCUGCCGUCUCAGCGCCCGGCCCGCAGGGAUGGCCUCUUUGUCAGGGUGCUGCUUUGAGCUCCCCUCCGGAGCUGCGUGACGAGAUCCUCAUGGACACGGAAAGCAGCUCCAGCCUCAGCCCGGACUCCUUGACCAGCCUCACGGCGGGCGACGUGCUCAUUCACUCCACAGGUGUCCACAGGGAGACGCCCGCUGAGGCCGCGGCAGCGGCUGGUGGCUGCGUGAGGAAAGUGACUGUCGCUGUCAAGAAGCUGUGUGAAGCGCUUCCUCCGUGCCAGGCCGCCGCUGCGGCUGUGCCUGACCGCGGACCGCCCUGCGCUCCCGCCGCGGUGCCAGCGAGCAGAGCCCCGCGCGGGGCAGUAACCCCCGGCCCCCCCGCAGGAGUCUCAAGUACUAAAGGACAUCCAGAACGUCUGCUUUCAGUGGAAAGUUCUAAAGAGCCCAUGUUUUUAUCACAAAUGGAUUAUCCUAGAGAAGCUGCAGAACAAGAAGAUCCUUCACUGCUACUGAAGGAAGAUAGCAGAAGACCUGAAGGUGAUGUUGUUAUUUCUCAAUAUGCUACUGGCCAGAAAGAGGCUUUGAGAGCAGUGUUAAAGCAAAAAACCCAAAAUACUCCUGUGCUUAAGGAGGUCAAGGUACAGCUCUUAGGAAAUGCCUCCACAGGAAAAAAGGAAAGUGUUGGUCAUGACACCACAUCAGCACAUAGGGAAGUUGAUUCUGCAGCAACCAUUGCAGCAGCAACUGCUGCUGCAAUUGCUACUACAACUCCGCUUCUUAAAGUUCAAAAUGAUUUGGAAGCAAAAGUUAACUCAGUUUCAGCAUUAAUUCAUAAACUACAGGAGGCAGACAGGCAACUGCACCGUAUUGCUGAACAGCAAACUAAUACGAAGACUCUUCAUGAGAAGCCCCACUGUCACGAAAGAGUCAGUGAGCUUGAAAAACAAAUGAAUGCUUUCAUGGUGCAACGGAUUCAGCAUCUAGAAAAGUUACAGGAGCAACAAAUGAAUAUUCAGUCUCAUCUCAUUACCUCUGCAGUCAACACAGGUGGCUUACAGCAAAUUCAUGAACCUUCCUCCAGCCUCAUGACAAAACAAUUUGAGAAGCCAGAACAGCGAUUGCUUACUAACGAAGUACCUUCAUGUCAGAGGAGUUUAUUUCCUACCAGUGGUGGUGCACCUGCCCAAGCAUAUUCAAGCCAAUUUCAGAGUUGUGGGAUUAAUACACAAAAAUCUCCUCUAAAGACACCAGUUCCUCGGAGAUAUGCUCCAGAACCUGUAGCAAAAAGUGUGAAAAUCUCAAAGAAAGAAAACUGUGUAACAGAAAAGGAAAACAUACCCAAAUCCACAAGUGAAGGUGAAGAGAGACUUCUUGAGCAUAUUCUGAAUUCUCAAGAAAUGCCACAGAGGCAGAUUGAAUAUUCUAAGAAGGCAGCAUUAAACAGUAAUAAAAUGAACUAUCAUUCUGAGAGAGACAGGCAUUCUGCUCUGCAUACAGACUCAGUCUCUGCUGUAGAAAGCUUCCAAAAUUGCAGUUCAAUUGAGAAAACGGUGAAAAAAGCAGAUGAUUUACUUCAAGAUCUUGACCAUUUGAGAAGAAAAAUGCAUGACAUGCUAGAGGAAGCAAAUUCAUGGAAAUCAGACAUGAAUGAUCUUAUUAAGUCAAAAAAGCCUGCUGUUACAUCUGAUAUUCCUGAACGUCAUCUGCUCAAUAAACCAUCCAUCCUUCAAAAUGUUAAAGUGCCAAAAUCUAUACUGAGGGAUGCUGAAAGGAUUUUGAGAGGAGUUCAAAACAAUAAGAAAGUUCUUGAAGAAAAUUUGGAAGCUGUUAUUCAUGCAAAAGAUGGAGAUGCCAUGUAUACUUUUAUUAAUGCCUUAACUACAAACAGAGAUGUAUUGGAAGAGAUUCGUAUCAGAAACACUGUGGAUGAGUGGAUUAAAGCAAUCAGUCUAGAAAUCCAGGCUGAAAUGGCAAGAAAUGAUUUGGAACAAGUGAAAUAUGAUCAGAAGGUUCCAUGGACCAAGAGAGGCCAAAACAUUAAGGAUAUGAAGACCAAUGAAGAAAGAGCAAAACUUCAAAAAAUUCAAGGGUGCUCAACAAAGAAGCUGUUGUCUGCAGCUAAGCCAUUACAGAAGCCAGCGGAAGAGAACACAAGCAAACAGAGGUUUAGAACUAGCUUUUCUUCUGAAAAUUUGCAGAGGAACAAAAAAAAGGUAGAUGGACCUGUGAAUGGAAGUGCAAUGGUACAGAAUGAAGACUAUCUGUGUCAAGUUUAUGGGAAACCAGUUUACCAGGGCCAUCGUAGCACACUUAAAAAAGCACCAUAUCUGAGAUUCAACUCUCCGUCUCCCAAAUCUAAACUUCAAAGGCCCAAGGUGAUAGAGUGUGUUAAAGGUACAAAGGUGAAGUCAGCAGGAACACAGACUUGUUCUCGCAUGCAGAAGGUGGUAACCAGCCCUGGGAAACAGCGUCCUUUGUAUGCACUAGCCCAAGAAAAUCACUAUCUUUUCAGUCCAAGUCGAGAUGUGCCUGCUGUCUGUGGUCCACUUGAAGGUCACCUAAUUCCUAUGGCUAUUCCACUAGGUCAAACACAAAUUAACGAUGUCUCACUGCUGCCUGCUGGAGUUGUUAUGGGUAAACCACACCCUGUUACAGUUACAACCUCUAUUCCUCAAGUGCCACCAAAACCAUUGGUUGAGAUAAAAAAACCAAACAUAGCUGUAAUAGAGAUGAAAUCAGAGAAGAAGGAUCCACCUCAAUUGUCUGUGCAGGUGUUACCAAAUGUAGAUAUUGACAGUAUUUCAAGUGACAGUGUGAGUGUAAACCACGUUCUUCCAAGCUCCGAACCCACACUUCCUCCUGUUGAUACUGUAAUACAGACUCCAGAAGAUAUACAUAGUGAGGAGGAAGACACAAAGUUUCCAGGAACUAAUAUCGUUGAUGUUACUCAUGUCACACAGGAUCAGGAAGAGGAGACAGAUGAAAUUCCAGAGUUUUGUGAGCCUCUUCUGGAGCUUAGUGGACAGUUUAAAGUUGCCUCACCAAAAUACAAUGGUCCUUUGUUUCCUCGGGUGGUUUCUACUCCUCAGCAGUCUUCUGAUGUUUUGGAUGAAUUGAUUCAAAGGAGAGAAACUAUAGAAAACAGGUUGAUAAAUUGGGUGGAACAAGAAAUAAUGGCAAGAGUUAUCAGUGGGAUGUACCCAGUUCAGAAAGAAACCGUGCCCAGUGUUAGCACCUCAGAGAGUGAAGACAGUGACACUGUAACCUCUGAUAUUGUUGAAGUUGCAGGUGGUGGAGGAUUUCAACUCUUCAUCAAUGCUGGCGUGCCUGUGGACUCAGAAAUGAUAAGUCAUUUUGUAAAUGAAGCUCUCAGUGAAACAAUUGCAACCAUGCUGGGAAACAAGCUGGCUCAGAAGGCAGUUCCUGCUACAAAUGUUCUUCCAAGCACAAUGAUUAUGAUGGAAUCUUUUGUGCCUACUCCAUUGCCAACACCCCAGGCCACACCACCACAAACACCACCUUCACAGAAAGAAUUGCCUCCGGUGAAAACUCCAGAGUCUUCUCUAUCUCUUACAGAAAUGAAUGGGGAUGUUCAUGAACAUGAAAAUAUUAAAGAAACAGGAGUUGAGAUUCCAGCUACCACUAGUCGUGUUGGCACACCUGUGGUUACCCCUGUCAAUACGCCACCUAGAACAACCACACCAAGCCCUCCUGCCUCAGAAUGGGUCUCCAAAGCUGUAAAAAUGGAAAGUCCAAAGCCCCCAAACCCAUGGGAUGAUGCAGAACUUCCUCUGGAAGAAGAGAAACCCAGUCCUUUAACUGAAGAACCAUUCUGUCCCAAGGCUGUUGAGAUGUCCGUGGCUAAUGAUGAGGAACCCGAGGCCUUGAUUUUACCAUCUCAGCAGUCAUCAGCAAGGCCCUUCGAAUCACUUCCUUGCAAUCCACAGGUUCCAUCACCUGUGCCUACAGUUAGUUCUGGGCAGUCCACGCAGGAAAGCAGCCUUACUCUCACGGAAACGGAAACAGAAACUGCAGACAGACCCAUCUCAGAAGGGGAGGUACUCUUCAGCUAUGGACAGGUGCUAGCUGCAAGAGCCUUAGGAGGAGGAGGAUUGUCUCUUCCAAACCUUGCUGAGAGCUUAACCAGUACUUUACGAGAUGCCAAUGAAAUGGAUUAUGAUCCUCCCAGUGAAGGGCAAGUGGUGAGAAGACCAGAUAAAGGCUAUCACAGGGAUCCUGUCCUGACUCUUUUAGCCAAAUUAAAUCAAGCACCUCUUGCUGCACAAGAAGGAAUAUACCAUUUGGAGGAUUCUGAUGAUAGUGUUGGACAGCUCAGUGAAGGUCAAAGACCAAGGCUGACCAGAGCAGCAGAGAGAAUCCUAAUGGGACAUCCAGUUUAUGUGGACCAUUUGACAGCUCAGACUUCUGAGAACAGACCACACCAGAGUUUCCGUUCUCCAUCUCCAGGGCAACUUGCCCAAAUUGGAGAAAUUCUUGGAGAUGAAGAUACAGCUCGUGGUCCAAUGCUUAUGGCUGAACUGGAAUCGCAACCAGUUUCAAAUCCUGUUCUGCAAGCAGCCCAGUCAAGCUGCAGAGUGACAUCUCUCUCAGAGGAUCUGUCCCAGGAGGAGAGUGUAGGAGCUGCACAAGUUGAGACUGUGAAACCCCGAGUUAUUUAUGUGAAAAGGAAGUCUGAAGAGAUGCAACAAGAAGCAAACCUGAAAACAGCUGUUGAAACAAUGACAUCAUGGAAUGUGACAUGACUAUGGAAAUUAUUAACUAAGUCAAUCUUUGAAAGCAUCAAAGUACAUGUAGUGUUGGAGAGUUGCUUAGUGUCUAGGAUGAUUUACAAAGUUUCCUUGGGCAUUACACAUUCACGUCUUUACUGUGUGUCAGCUUCACGUCUAACCAAAUAAAGGCUUUGCUUUUCUUCAGUUCUCCUUCUGAAUAACCUAUUUUUAUCACGCGAACAUGGCUAUAGAGUAAGCUCAUGGAAGUACUUCUGGAAAACAAAACACAGAUGUUGCUUGCACAUCUUAGUGUCGUUAGCAUAAACGUGCUUUUAAAUCAUGUUCAGAAGAUGUGGGAUUUCUCAUGUUGUCUUACUGCUUGUGCUUCCUCAGGCCCAUGCCAACCCAAAUGCUGGCAGCUGUGCUUUGCAGAGGGAUUUGGGUUGAGGGUGACAAAAGCUGUCCAACUAGUGAGGAUGGUCUAGUGAAACUAUGGACAAUGCUUCUUGCAUAGUGUGCAAGUGGCUGUGGCAAGCAGGUGAUGUGUUGAUUCCCUGGAGACACAAAAAAUGUGCUUGUACUCUUGCUACCUCUCCCUGCCUUCCUGAACAGCAAGAGGCUUGGCUGGCACAGGUUGCUCCAUGUACUGACUUUACUGUCUUUGGCUUCAUUCAUGUUUGACUUCCUUGGCUGUUGGCUGCUGUUCUAGCAUGAAAAACACCAGAUGAAAUUUUAUUUUAGCAAUGGGUUUUUGUUGUUUUACUUAGACAUUUGAAGUGUGCUUUGCUACAAGUCAGAUGAAAGCAGAUUACUACCACAGUGACAUAGUAGAUAAUUAACUGGGGUAAAAGAAAACUUAACUUCGUGAUUUUAUUGGGGAAAAGAGUGUUUUCAUUACCUAGUCUAUCACAGAGGAAGAGAGAGUUGUUUUAGCUUAUUGGAAUAAGAACAAACUCAAAGAGAGCCUUUGCUGUCGUACACAGGCUCAUAUGUGUUUGUUUUGCUUGUAGGUGCUGUGCUGAAAUGUCCCAAGGACAAAUGAAAUCUCAGAAUACUUUUUCUGUAGAUUUGUGACUGUUGUACCAUUCAUUCAAUACCAUUUCUCCUGUCCUCCUUCAUUCUACAUCUGUAGCCUGAUUCAUGACUUGCUCUCUCUGUUCCACGACUUGAUUCCAUGAAUUGAUUCAUCUUGUCUCCUUCCUCUGGCUAAAUAUACUAACUUUUGCCCAUGACCCUUAUCCCUUUCCCUAUCUGGUGUCUGGCUACAGGCUUUUUUGUACCACUCCAGUGGCUCCCAGAUAGGAGGACUUGAUGUGACCCGUCCCUUGCAGGAGCUGCUGGUGCAGUGGUGGCUGAGCUGUGCAGGGGCUGGUCUCUCUCCCAGGAUGUCCCACAUUUUGCAGGGUCAGAUUGCAGGAAUGGGAAGUGGCAAUGUGCCAUCUUAGACUUGCUGGAAGAUGGACGUGGCUUCUAAAGUCCUACAAGCCACAUCUCCAGGGGGAGGGCUGUGUACAUUUUCUUUGGAGUCUGUCAGAGGGCGACAGAAGGAAGAUAAACCGCAAAGAGUAGCAAGAAGGACUCUUAAUGAGUCAGGGAAAUGUGUUGGAGUUAGGGAAGAGCUAAAACAACUUCCCAUUUGUGUUUUGGGCAGCUGAAGUGUUGAUUGGGUGUUUGUCUCUAUAGGACUUGUAGCCAGUGGCUUCAGUUUGUAUUGCUUUGCUUUCUAUGAUUGUAUAUAGGUAUGUGGUCUUGAACAACCUGAAUAUUUUCUAAGGGUUUGUUGCAAACAGACAUGCACAUAUAAAUGAAAUUUAGAAACACAGUAUCUACAGAUCUCACUUCAUUUCUGUGGAAAACACCACUAUACAUAUUUGAAAUUAUUCUGGGCCACCGAAGAUUAUGUAUUUAUGUGUGUGUUUUUAUGUAUGGUGUAUCUGUAUGUAAGUACAACCCAGUCUAUAUGUGCACAGAAAUCCAUCCUUUUGUUACCUGAUAAAGAGAACUCUGAUGGCUAGAACAGCACUCUAAAACUGUGGAGAGUAAAGGUGUCUGUGACUUUGUAUUUCCAUGGAGUGAUGCAAUAUGGAGGUGACUUCAGUAGAGCUUAGUCAUUUGUCAUAGACAGCAAAUAAUGUGUUUUGUUCUACUUUUUU